CGAACGAACCCAUUCCGCUAGCGGACGAAGCCUGUGAUUGGACGAGCUUAGAGGAAGUAGCGUGACUAAGGCGGAAGUACAGUAGCUAUGUCUAUGUGGAUGGAUCAUACAACAUUGAUUGUUCCACAUUGUGCCACACGUUUCUGAAUAUUUUAUAGGUUUGGCACGUUUAAAAAACAUGGCUUGUUUCUUCAGAAGAAGAAUAGCAGCAAAGCUGGGUCGCACGCUGCAGCAGUCUGAGGAUGCCUUCAUACCAGCUCUGUCAGCAGUUCCAGUUUUUAAGAAACAGCAGGGUGCUGACUUUAAACUAUCAAUCAGCACGUUACGGAUCAGUGGGAUUUUACCAUCCACCGGUGACAUUCAGCUGCAGACUGAACACUUGGCCACUCGGUUGAAGCAGGACAGUGUGGUGGAGGACAUAUCUGCUGGAUGUGGAAUUAUCAACUUUAAAGUGAAUCGCAAACUUCUUGUCCAGAAAAUGUUGGAGCCAUUUGGAAAGGAGGAGGAUGAUAAAUUUGGGUUAAAUAGUGAACUUUUCAAUACUCUCAAGAAAGGAACAACAUUAGUUGAGUACAGCUCUCCAAAUAUAGCCAAAAAAUUUCAUGCUGGACACUUAAGAUCUACAAUUAUCGGUAACUUUAUUGCUAACUUAAAGCAGUGUCUUGGAAACAAUGUUAUUCGAAUGAACUACCUUGGAGACUGGGGUAUGCAGUUUGGUUUGCUGGGAGCUGGGUUUGCUCAGUUUGGAUGUCAAGAGAAACUGAAAGAGAAUCCCUUACAGCAUUUGUUUGAGGUUUAUGUUCAAGUAAACAAGGAGGCAGAGCACAAUGAGGAUAUGAAGCAGGCUGCCAGAGACUUCUUUAGACAGCUGGAACAGCAUGACAACGAGGCUGUGUCGUUAUGGCAACAGUUCAGGGAGAUCACCGUGGACGAGUAUCAACAAGUGUACAAGCGGUUAGGGGUCCACUUUGAUGUUUACUCCGGGGAGUCCUUUCACCAGCAUCAAGCCCAGGAGGUGGUGCAGCAGCUUCAGAGUCGAGACCUGUUGAAAACCUCUGAGAAAGGAACCGGUGUAGUGGACCUCUCCACGAGUGGAGACACGAGCAGCGUCUGCACGGUGCUCCGCAGUGACGGCACAACUCUCUACAUCACCAGAGAUCUUGCUGCCGCGAUUGACCGAAAAGAAAAGUACAAUUUUAACGAGAUGAUUUAUGUGACAGAUAAAAGUCAAGCGAAUCACUUCCGCCAGUUGUUCCACAUCCUGCUCGCUAUGGGACAUUCUUGGGCUGACAGGUGUAAGCAUGUGCCCUUUGGCCUGGUGCGGGGUAUGAAGACCCGGAAGGGUGAGGUGGUGUUUCUGGAGGACGUGCUGGAUGAAGCUCGAGCCCGGAUGCUCCACAACAUGAGCCAGUCAAAAACGACAAAGGAAAUGGAUAACCCAGAGGACACGGCAGAGAAAGUGGGAAUCAGUGCACUAAUAGUGCAGGACUUCAGAGGUCCGCUGCAGUCCGACUACAAGUUUGACUGGGACAGGAUGCUGCAGGCUCAGGGAGACACGGGGGUGUUUCUCCAGUACACACAUGCUCGACUCAGCAGCUUAAUGCGGAGGAAUGACGGUGUCAAGGCAGUUGCAUUUGAUCCAUCCCUCCUGCUCGAGCAGACCAGUAUCACCAUCCUGCAGCACCUCCUUCGCUAUGAUGAAGUGUUAUACCAGUCGGCCCAGGAUCUGCAGCCCAAACACCUCGUCAACUUUCUGUUGAAGCUAUGCCACCUGAUCGCCUCAGCACACCGAGAGCUGCCGGUGAAAGGAAGCGCUCAGGAUGUUGCUCAGGCAAGGUUACGACUGUUCAGUGGGGCCUGCUCAGUCCUGGCCAAUGGGAUGAGGAUCCUGGGCAUCACACCAGUUGAUCAAAUGUGAAACUUGCAUGUAUUGUUUGAACUGCUGUAGGUACCAACUGCUUUAGUUUAUUUUUUUACUAUGAAUACAUUUUCAAAAUAAAAUACCAUCUUCCUCAA